AUGGUUCAUGCCAAGGAACAGAUUAAAGCUGUGAUUCUUGUGGGUGGAUAUGGAACCAGAUUGAGACCUCUGACGUACACACUUCCAAAACCCCUUGUACCCUUUGCCAACAAGCCGAUUCUAAGGCAUCAGGUGGAAGCUUUAGUCAAAGCAGGCAUCAAGGAGAUAAUCUUGGCUCUCAAUUAUUACUCCGAAGUUAUAAUAAGGGAAGUCCGGGACUAUUCAAACGAAUUUGGUAUCAACAUUAUCUAUUCCAAAGAACAGGAACCUCUUGGAACAGCUGGUCCCUUGGCCCUUGCAAGGAAGUAUCUUGAAGGCCAUACCUUUUUCGUUCUCAACUCAGAUAUAACAUGCAAGUUUCCUCUAUCAGAGAUGCUUUCAUUUCAUCGCUCUCAUGGAAAAGAAGGAACUAUUCUCUCGACAAGAGUGGACGAUCCGAGUAGAUAUGGACUCGUCAUCACCGAGGAGGGUACAAGCGUUGUGGAGACCUUUCUUGAAAAGCCCAAGGAUGCCGUUUCAAACAGGAUCAAUGCAGGAAUAUACAUACUAAACUCCUCUGUACUAGAUAGAGUGGAGCUGAGGGAAUGUUCUAUCGAAAGGGAGAUCUUUCCAGAAAUGGCCAAGGAACGGCAACUUCAAGUAUUUGAUCUUGAGGGAUUCUGGAUGGACAUAGGCCAGCCUGCAGAUUAUAUUAGAGGACAAGGAAUGUACUUGAAACAUUAUAGGGAAGCAAAUGUAGAUGAGCAUUCUGAAGACGGAAGAACGUUCUGUGUCGAGAACAAUGUUGUUAUAGGGAGGAAUGUGAAGAUAGGAAAGAAUGUCACCAUCUCAAACAGUGCAAUCUUCGACAAUGUGGAAAUAGGAGACAAUGUGACAAUAAGAGAUAGUAUUGUGGGAUGGAAUACAAAGAUAGAAGAUAAUGCAACUGUAAACACAUGCUGUGUUUUGGGAUAUGCAACGACUGUUGAAAGGUUUGCCAUCUUAAGUUCUGUUAAGACAUUUCCAAAUGAAUCUCCAUUCAAGUUACUCGAGGAUAUCUAG